AUAGAAACUUUAAACAAAUUGUUUAUGCUUCAUAUUGCCUUCAUCUGCACAGAUAGGCCUAUAUACUGUUAUAACCGACUUAAAAUCUGUGAAUAAGAAACUGUCAUUUAACAGAAUAUAGGCUUAGAAUUAGCACGCUAGUAAUUUCCUAAACAUUGAUUACAGCCACAGCGGAGGAUACCUUUUACCUGGGUGCGCACUUUCAUAAUACAGGUGCGAAUAAAACCAAACAGCGCGCCUUCCGUUCCUUGGCCCCGCCCCUUGCGCUCGGUUUGCGCCAUUACGUCGCCAUACAGAUCAAUGCUGUGCUGCAAGGCAGAAGGCAGGCAAGCAGCUGCAGAGGAAUACUGACAACAGCGGGCAGGCUCGUGUUGGGAAACUCAGAAACGCAACAUUUGCCAGUUUUGUGAUUUAAUGUCCAAAAUUUUUCUCUUGUAAUCUUUUUACUGAUGACAAAGUCUUUGUUUUUUACGCAUGCGUGGGAUUAUCUUUAACACGUUCUCGACCUGAAAUGACUGCGAAUCGCAGUGUGUAGCCAAUGGUUACUGCGGGUGCUCCUGUCGUGUGGAUUAUCCGUCGUCGCCGAGCAAGUCGCAUGGUCGAGCCCGGAGGAGGCCCUGCUCUGCUGGAUGGAUGUGUGUGAAGCAGCGCCGGACUCCGAGUACUGAUGAAGACGGUGAUAAUAAUGAUGCUCGGGUUUCAUCGGCUGUGGGUGAAGUGAUCUUGGAUGUUCGGGCUCUAUCGCCCCUCGACAAACCAUUUCUGUAUACAGCAAAUAUUAUACUCCUUAAAAACUGGACGCCCCUGGAGCAGUUUAUGACGACCCUGGUAGGAGCGUGAUGAGCGCGCGCUUCCGCUUGCCUGCUGGCAGAUCCUACAAUGUCCGGGCGACAGAGCUGGAGCGAGACAGGCAGCACACACAAGUUGUGUGCAACGUACUGCUGCUGGACAACACUGUCCAGGCCUUCAAAGUCAGCAAGUCGGAUCAUGGCCAGGUGUUGCUGGAUGCUGUCUUUAAGCACCUGGAGCUGACUGAGAGAGAUUACUUUGGCCUGCACUUGACUGAUGACUCGUCAGACGCACCACGCUGGCUCGAUCCCAACAAGCCCAUCAGGAAACAGUUGAAAAGAGGGUCUCCCCAUAAUUUGAGCUUCAGAGUCAAAUUCUUUGUGUCAGACCCCAGUAAACUUCAGGAAGAAUACACACGGUACCAAUAUUUUCUUCAGAUCAAGCAAGAUAUUUUAACUGGAAGAUUGCCCUGUCCACACAACACAGCUGCACUGCUGGCAUCCUAUGCUGUUCAAUCUGAACUGGGGGAUUACAGUGAAACAGAGCAUAGUUCAGGCUAUUUGUCUGACUACUGUUUCAUCCCCAACCCUCCACAGGACUUCCACAAAGAGGUCGCCAAACAUCACCAGCAGCACAGUGGUCUAUCUCCUGCCCAGUCAGAGUUUAAUUAUCUGAACACAGCACGUACGCUGGAGCUCUAUGGGGUAGAGCUGCACUAUGCAAGGGACCAGAGUAAUACAGAGAUUCUCAUUGGGGUGACAUCUGCCGGCAUUAUGGUUUACAAGAACAGGGUACGGAUCAACUGUUUCCCAUGGUUGAAAAUAGUGAAAAUCUCCUUUAAGUGCAAACAGUUCUUCAUCCAGCUGAGAAGAGAGCCGACUGAGACACGGGAGAUGCUGCUGGGAUUCAACAUGGUCAACUAUCGGGCCUGUAAGAACCUGUGGAAGGCCUGCGUGGAGCACCACACCUUCUUCAGACUGGAGCAGCCCGUGCCACCACAGAAGAACUUCUUCGCUCACUAUUUUACCCUGGGCUCCAAGUUCAGAUACUGUGGGAGGACCGAGGUGCAGUCUGUGCAGUAUGGAAAAGAGAAAGGCAUCAAGGACAGAGUAUUUGCCAGGUCUCCCAGCAAGCCAUUGGCCAGGAAGUUGGUGGGCGGAAGACUGAACAUCCUGUCAGAUGAGAGACUUGAGACCCAGAGCUUGCCCACUCGCUCACCACCUGGGACGCCCAAUCAGAACUCGCUGUUUGUACAAGAGGGCACACGACUACGUCCGUCGUCUGUUGGCCACCUGGUCGAUCACGUGAUCCACGCGUCACCUAGUCUGCCUGUCUUCUCUUCCAAUCACAAGUCAGCAUCAUCUACGCAGGCCAACAGCAUCAGCCUGGACUCGACACUGUCUCCAGAGGGGGUAGAUGGCCAACCUCCAGCUCUUCCCCCAAAGCAAUUGAGCAGGAAGACCUUGAGUCAGAUAAUCCAGGCUCACUCCCAGCAGAGUCUCCUGGAUAACCAUCUCAAUGAGAUGUAUGAUGUUCCCGUCAAUGCUGACAAGACCACGCUGAAUGGAGUAGUACCUCAUGAUAAUCUGGUUCUGAUCAAGAUGAGACCUGAUGAACAUGGACGCUUUGGCUUCAAUGUCAAGGGUGGAGCUGACCAGAAGAUGCCUAUCAUUGUGUCUAGAGUGGCUCCGGGAACAUCAGCUGACCUGUGUGUGCCCCGCCUUAAUGAGGGUGACCAGGUGGUCCUAAUUAAUGGACGGGACAUCUCUGACCACACCCAUGACCAGGUGGUCAUGUUCAUCAAGGCCAGCUGUGAGAGCCACUCUGGGGAGCUCAUCCUAUUGGUCAGACCAAAUGCUAUCUAUGACGUGGUGGAGGAGAAGGUGGACUUGGAGCCAGAUUUUCAGUACAUCCCUGAGAAAUCCCCUCAGGACCCCACCCAGCUGGACCAGCAUGCUUUGAGGGACUCUAUGGUCACACUGAAGGACACCCUGAGCAGUGGAGCCAUGCUGGCACAGUUUGAUCAAUUGUACAGGAAGAAGCCGGGGAUGACCAUGCUGUGUGCCAAAUUACCUCAGAACGUGUCCAAAAAUCGCUACAGAGACAUCUCCCCUUAUGAUGCCACACGGGUCAUUCUGAAAAGCACAGAUGACUACAUCAAUGCAAAUUACAUCAAUAUGGAGAUUCCUGCCUCCAGUCUGAUCAACCGCUACAUAGCAUGCCAGGGCCCGCUGCCCAACACCUGCUCUGACUUUUGGCAAAUGACCUGGGAGCAGGGAUCAUCCAUGGUGGUCAUGCUGACUACGCAGGUCGAGAGGGGACGGGUGAAAUGUCACCAGUACUGGCCUAACCCAGACAGCAGCGCCACCUACGGAGGCUUUACAGUUACGUGCCACAACAAAGAGGGCAACUCGGCCUUCCUGGUCCGGGAGAUGAGUCUCAUGCACACACAGAGUGAGCAGCAGAGAGAACUCACUCAGAUCCAGUACCUGGCCUGGCCAGACCAUGGCGUCCCUGAUGACUCCACUGAUUUCCUGGACUUUGUGGCUCUGGUACGGAGCAAACGAGCAGGACAGGACCAGCCAGUGGUGGUACACUGCAGUGCGGGAAUAGGUCGAACAGGGGUUCUGAUCACCAUGGAGACGGCGCUGUGUCUAAUGGAGUGCAGUCAGCCAGUGUAUCCUCUAGAUAUUGUCAGGACUAUGAGAGACCAGAGGGCCAUGAUGAUACAAACACCUAGCCAGUACCGCUUUGUGUGUGAGGCUAUUUUAAAAGUCUACGAGGAGGGUCUGUUUAAACCACUCAAAACCACUGUGUACCAACAGAGAGAGAAGAUGAAUGAUGAGAGGGAUGAGGAGAAGAAAGAGCAGCAGAAAGCAGGAGAAGAGACAGCAGCCACAGAAGAAAGUGAGGCGGUGGUGGAGUUGCUAGAAGGAGGUCUGGAUGAGGAGGAGGAUGAUGAUGAUGAAGAGGUGGAGGUGUUAGAUGUGGGGCAAGUGACAGAUGAGGAGGAGGUGGAGGAGCCAAGUGUUGCAAGUGCCACCAGCAUGACAAGUGAGACCAGCGCGAGCCCUGACCCUAAUCCUGCUAACCUGUGACCUUUGACCUCUGGAGGUCAUCAAGCGUUGCCAGGAAGAGGUCAGGUGGCUGGAGGGAAGAACAAAAGCACUGUUGCACUUUAUGCUGACAAAAAUGGAAAAAGACAAACAAAUGAACAAACCUGAAAAUCACAGACAAGAGAAGAAGAAGAAAAAAUCCAGCCGGGUUGAAUCGGUACCAUUAGGAGAAUCUGAAUGUUCAGGAGUAUACACAGAAUGAAAUGAUGAGCGUAUGAGGGAAUAAGAUGUGGAUGGGGAAUUGCUGUAGUGCCAUAAGUACAAAGGGGAAGGGCUGUCCCAGUGGAUGGAAAGAUACCCCUCCCCUGUUUUCCACCCAGAGGGUCGCCCUGUCCCCUUCUGAGUGAGUCUGCCAGACGGACCUGCCUUUUUUUAGUAUCCUUUCAGCUAAUAAAGAGAUAUACCUUUAUCUUUUGUUCCUCAGAAGAGUAUUUAUUGUGUUUUAGUUUGUGUCAAACCCUGUCCACUGAACAAAAAAUGUUGUUUUGUUUGUAUGAGUCUAGAGCUUUGUGCUUUCCUGAUUAAAUCUUGGGUAGUAAAGUAGUGUGAUUCUUCUUCUUCUAACUACUUCGUUUCUUUUUGUGGGGGACAGAAGUGAUUUAAUUUAUUGUACUUGGUUUGAUCUCUCUCAGCCUCCUUGUUUUUGACAGCACAGACUGACAGGUGGACAACUGAAAGCACUUCAUGUCUCACUUCUUGUUCAAUGCUGUGGUGAGUUGGAUAUGUUAUCCUGCUUUGUGCUGUGUUUUUGAGCUUACAGACACAUGUUCUGAAGUGGCCAUUGUCUGGUGUGGUGAAGAUUAUAACCUGUUUGCAAUCCUCAGGGCCUGUGUUUACUGGGCACCUCCCUUUCCAAUUCCAUAAUCACAGCAGCUCUGUCACUAUACACCUCCCAAUGCAAGUUUUAAUUUUGAGCAUUGAUUGAUUCAUCCAUCCAUCCAUUUUCCUCUGCUUAUCCGGGACCGGGUCGCAGGGGCAGUCUAAGCAAAGAUGCCCAGA